AUGGACGUAUUUGUCACUCGAUCACGUACUUUGAGCAAAACAUGUGUUUUUGGUGAACAAACAGACGAAGCUAUUCGUGAUCAAGCAAUUGAUAAAUGUGUUUCAAAAGAACUUCGCCGUCCUUUACUUCGCGAACCUGACAUCGACCUCUCGAAGCUAUUGACAAUUUCCCGCGCAUUUGAACAGUCUCAUUUUCAAGCUCAAGAAAUGGAACAGCCCUCUACGCAACCCAGCGAUUCCAUCAAUGCCAUUCGACCUAGGUACAACACAGAGAACUCCGGUGGUUCUCGCCGUGAAACUCCAAGCCACAUUAAUACUGGAGCUAGUCGAGGAGCUCGUAAUUCGUCACUAUACAAUCAAUCAAAACAAGAGUUUACAAGAUGGCGUUCUCAGCCUUGUUAUUGUUGUGGCAACACAGGCCGUCGUGCAAAAGAUGUUCGAUGCCCUGCAAAUGGAAAAACAUGUAGAAGUUGUAACAAAGUUGGUCAUUUUGCCUCUGUAUGUCGGGUUUGCCUCUGUAAUCAGGCUCUCCAGGUGAGUGAACAAAACAAUGUUACCUCCUAUUCAGAUGAUGAUGAAUGCAUUUUUCGUGUACAACAAUUUCUAAAUUUACCUACCACUAACAUUAAUGUUGACGGGUUGUCAGUGCCUGUCGUUAUUGAUUCUGGUCCAACCGUAAACAUUGCGGAUAUUGACACAUAUUAUAAGUUACGUACACUUAGAAAAGUUGAAAUUAUGCCCUCUAACAUUCGGUUGUUUACAUAUGGUUCAACAAUUCCAUUGAACAUCUUGGGGACAAUAACUGUCAAAGUUGAACGCAAUGGAAAGCAAAUUCUUGCCCAGUUUGUAGUAGUCGACAACCAAGGAACGGGGUGCCUUUUGGGUCAUAAAUCUGCUACAGAACUAGACCUUCUGCAUGUUGCCAACUCGGUUUCCAUACAGUCUGAAGACCUUUCUUCAAAAAUUUCUGCGAAAUUUCCCAAAGUCUUUGAAGGUGUGGGCAAACUAAAAGAUUUUUAACAAACCAUCCAUGUUGAUCCCAAAAUUCAUCCUAUUGCCCAAGCACCACGCCGCGUCCCAUUUCAUGUUCGCCGCAAAGUAGAAGCCAAACUAGACGAGUAAACUAGAUAUAGCGCUUAGACAUCAUUGAGCCAGUCACUGGGCCAACACCAUGGGUGUCCCCCUUGGUUGUAGUGCCCAAGCCAAAUGGUGAGGUCCGUAUCUGUGUAGAUAUGCGUCGAGUCAACACAGCAGUGAUCAGAGAAAGAUACCCAAUUCCCACCGUAGAGGAGAUUUUACAGGAUUUAACUGGUGCGUGUGUCUUCUCAAAACUCGACUUAAGAUGGGAGUACCAUCAGAUUGAACUUGACGAACAAUCAAGGCAUUAUACAACAUUUGCUACACACACCGGUCUCUAUCGCUACAAGCGCCUUAUGUUUGGUGUUUCUGCGGCAUCAGAAAUAUACCAACAUGUGAUUCAACAAUCUCUCCAAGGGUGCCCUGGGAUGCGAAACAUCUCAGAUGACAUAACUGUUUUUGGGAAAACCCAACAGGAACAUGAUCAUAACCUUAACACUGUCUUAGCAACACUCCAAGAGUGUGGUCUGCCUCUCAAUAGAGACAAAUGCAAAUUUAGUGUUUCUAAGGUCACAUUUUUUGGGUAUACCAUUUCGGCAAAUGGUAUACGACCCACCGAUGAAACUGUGACUGCCAUUCGAAAUGCCCCAAAGCCAUCCAAUGCCUUAGAGGUCAGAAGUUUCUUGGGUCUUGUGAACUACUGCAGCCGGUUUAUCCCAAAUUUCUCCACCGUAGCAGCCCCACUUCGACAGCUCACACACAAAGGUGCACCAUUUACAUGGACCAAACUCCACCAACAUGCAUUCGAAUCUUGCAGAAAACUCUUACUAGCAAUUCCGUCAUGGUACAUUUUGAUCCCAGUGCCCCCACUCAGCUUCGUGUUGACGCCAGUCCAUUUGGCCUGGGGGCUAUAUUAACCCAAACUCAUGGCGACGAAACCAGACCAGUAGCCUAUUCAAGUCGCACUCUUACAGCUGUUGAGAGACGUUAUUCUCAGACUGAGCGUGAGGCCUUGGCGGUUGUCUGGGGAUGUGAACGGUUCCACCUCAAUCUAUAUGGGACAACAUUUGACAUCUAUACAGAUCACAAGCCUCUUGAAAUAAUCUACAGUCCGACGUCAAAACCCCCUGCGCGCAUUGAACGGUGGAGCCUUCGCCUGCAACCGCAUACAUUUUGCGUUAAGUAUUCACCUGGAAUUGGUAAUCCUGCGGAUGUACUUUCUCGUUUGCCACUUCCCAAUGCAACAACCAAUACUCGCAACACGGCUGAAGAAUAUGUCCAGUUUGUCGCUCAGAAUGCAGCUCCCAAGGCCCUGUCUCUUAGUACAAUAAAAGAAGCUACCAACCAAGAUCCAGUUCUUCAAUUAUUUUCUUGAUGCCAACGUCUCUCCGAGAACGAACUUUGAAACUAGUCCACUAGUCCUUCACAUGACGACUAUGCCAAGUCAGCCAUGGCAAACUCUACAUGCCGAUCUGUGUGGACCGUUUCCCAGUGGAGAAAGACUUCUCGUCAUGGUAGAUACCUGCUCCCGUUGGCAUUCAGAAGUACAUGUUUUGAAGAGUACUACGUCCACAGCUAUCAUAAAAUGCAUGAAGACCACAUUUGCAACCCAUGGAAUCCCGCACGAAAUUGUUACUGACAAUGGACCACAAUUCACCUCCGCUGAGUUUAGUACAUACCUUUCCAAUUGUGGUAUUGUACACCGUAAAGUCACACCCUAUUGGCCCCAGGCAAACUCCGAAGUAGAACGUUUUAAUCGAACUGUAGAAAAAGCAAUACGUGCAGCGAACGUCAAAGGGAAAAAUUGGAAAGAAGAACUUGAUGUUUUCCUACUGAAUUAUCGUUCAACUCCCCACUGUACAACGGGGAAACCACCUGCAGUUCUCCUUUUUGGCCGUAACAUUAGAAAUAAAAUACCCGUGCCACCAACAUCGACACCAGCUGAUGACAUACCAGUAACAGUUCGUCAACAUGAUCGCGAAAGAAAAGAGAAAAUAAAGUCUUACGCUGAUGACCACAACCGAGCUUCAUCGUCCGACGUGAAAAAGGGAGAAACUCUGAUUAAUUGGGUAGAUUUGUUUCAACAAGCAGUUUAUCAACACAUCACCAACGUUAAGUUAUCGAAAAGCUAGUGAUCAUCCUUGGAUUGAUGCUGAAUUACGUAUUAUUAUUCAUAAAAAGGAUAAACAGCGUAGAAAAGGUAGGUAUUAGAUCUCAAGUGCAUGCAUGUGCAAUGUCCAUUCUGUGCAUGCAUGUGCAAUGUUCAUUAACUGCCAGAACUUUUUGUAUUAUUAUGAUAGUUUUUGAGUUAUCGUGGUGAUAGGCAAACACACAAACGCUUAAAGACGCGAAUGGAAACAUAACAACCUCCUUGCGAAGGUAGUUUAAAAAUUUACCUAUGAGUUCCUGUUCUUUAUAUUAACCUAAUGCUUCCUACCUCGCUCUAUAUCCUUACGGAGUUAUACAAUGUAUAGUAUGUAAAAAGAUUAAAUGUUAGUUCUCUGCCUCUGGCCGGCAAAGUAAACAUUACGCACGUAAAGAAAGAUAAGGGACAUUCCUUGCUACAAAGAGAGGAUAAAGUAAAUAGAAUUUCGAACUUGCGCAAAAUGUUAUUUUAAUACCUUUCCAUUAUAGGUACUGUAUGGCAGGUUAGAUAAAUUAUACUUAAAACUGUCAAAGUUCAAUCAGGAACAUAAUGAGGUGGUCAGAUUUGUUCGGAUACCUGAUUGUGCACAAUAAAAUAAAUAGACUUUGUAUUUAACUUAAAGUACGAAAGUCAUUAUAAAAUUACGUCAUUAAAAGCUUAUUUUGGUAAGUUCUCCUUAAAGUUAGAUUAAUUCGUAAAAAAAAGUUUAUAUGCAUGCUUAAAGUUUGAGCAUUCUCCUAUACGAUAAUGUUAAAUUAAUUCUAAGUAUUGUCUGAACGAGCAUAAAAUUGACUUGACAACUCCUUAAAUAAACAGAGAGCUGGGACGAGGGUUCGAUAGAACACCACCUGAAAACAGGUGAGCAAUUUGUGUGAGCAUGCGCGAAGAAAAUUAAUAUGGCGACAUAUAUCAGGAGUGUUUCGUGAAUUUAUCUGGUUUUAAAGCUGAUAAAAAAAUUUUAAUGAACGAAAACUUUGUAAUAUUUAGUGGAAAACAUUAAGCUAUGCAUUCCAAAGGUUUUAAAUUGAAAAUAAGUACUUUUGCUUUAUUUUAUUACUUUUUAUGCUUUGAAAACAGGCAAGCUCAUUUCUUGGCAAAAAUGUAAUCUAAUAUUUUACCCAUCAUUUGUUUAAUCUGAACAGAAAUAGAUAGAACACUUGGCUAUAUAAGUUACAAAGGUAUUGUUAGCUUAUCUGAAAGUUUUCAGUAUUCAUGGUACACAUUUUAACAAAGAAUGAAAUGUAAUUUCAAAAAUUUAAUAUGCAUAUCACAAACAACUUACAGUUUUUAUUAGAACAACACGUAAUAAGUUGUUAUUUUCUAUUUUUACAAAAACAAGUUUGGAAACAGGAUUUAGUCCUCCAGCUUGAUGUCAUAUUCCAUUUAUUUGAAUAUUUCAAUAAAGGAAUGUGAAAUAAUAAUUUAAUCUUGUGCAAAAUUUGAUACCAACACACAUGUGAACAGAUACUAUCACCUAAAGAUAAAAGAAAACAGAACUUAAAUUUAUCAUCUAAUGCUAUGAAAAAAACUUAGAUACUACAGGCACAUAGUGAGCACAAUACUUUAACAAACUCACUAAAAUAAGUUAAGUUAUACUAUGAUAAGAGGAUGGCAAUAGAUAACAUUAAAUGUUGUCAUCUUCAGUGUCCAAAAACGUUCCGCACGCAUUUUUCGUGGUCACAUAACUGGUAUUGCCACAAACCCAGGUGAAAAAGCAAUUACAAAAACCUGACUUAUUCAAAUUCUUGACUUAUUCAACUUUCUAUGUUUUUCCAGGUAAACAGAUUUUAAAUAAACAUUGAAAUAAGCCACAUUCGGGACCUCAUAGAAUCCAAACUAUUGUGUAUGGACCAGACUUUUUUCAAUUUUCUGUGAUUUACAUAACACUAGUUAUAAUUUAAGGGUCAACCAGUAUUGUUCAAGACAUAUUUUCCUUCCAGAACACCUUUUCAAAAUAUUAACCCAAACAUAUCAAAAAUAGUGUACAUUUACAAGGGCAAUUUCAACCCUCUGGCACAUUUUUCCCAUGAAUGAUUUCAAUUCUAAUAAAAAGACUAUAGAUAAAACUGAUGAUUUAAAGCUAGUUUCAAGUGAUGAGCAUACCCUAAUUUUUAAGCUAUACCUCAAAGAAGAUGGGCCAUUUCAACAUAAACAUGGAAAUAUGGGUAUACUGACAGCUCUGUCACACGUGUAGUUUGAUAUUAGCAGCCCUUCUGAAACAUUUUAAUGAAAGUAUAAUUCACAAAAUUCACAUUUUCACUUAUUAACAUCUGUUUUAAUCCAACUAGCUCUGUAGGCACGAGCGAAAUUUAGUGUUGAUGUAAAUAUCCAUUUAGUUCAAUGUUUCCCCGGUGAAAAUAUAGUCUAUUCCAACGCUGAUUUCGACGUACUUUAGCUUUUCAGAAACUGUUGGUCUUCCUCAGUGAGAUUAUCAACUGUUUCACAAACAUAUUUGAUAGUAAACAGCUAAAAUAUUUUCCGAAAGUCUAUAUUUUUGCUCUUCGACGCGAAAAUGGCAACUCAAGAAGAAAUGAGCCGCUAUUUUUGGCCAGCGUCGACAAAUUGCCCACCUGUUCCACCUGAACGCUAAUUGGUUCAACAUCAUCCCGCUCUCAAUUAUCUUGGCCUCGACCGUAAGCAUAAAAGAAGCUGCGCAGCCCGACUCUAGUCAGUGGAUGUAGACCGAGUAAAACGAGUGAAAAGCUACGAAAGCUCAAACAACAACAACACUUCACAAGACGGACGAAGCAAAUGAAGAAGAAAAAGAAAGGAACACUAGAAAAAAUAUUAGAACCGUAGUUUAAAUAACUUUAUAACUUGUAACGAUUCCGAACUCGCGUAUUGAAAAAACGAAUAUAUAGAGAAUAAUACAUGGGUGCGCGGAAAUACCAGAUUUAUUUCGAGAAUUCGAGUGUUGAACAUGAUAUCUCACGAGUGAGCGCAGCGACACGAGAAAUAAAUCUGGUAUUUCCAAACAUCCAUAUAUUUUUAUGUUUAUUAUAUAAAGGACAGUUAUGAAAAGCGAUAAUUUCUACAGAAAAGCGAUAAUUGAAAAACGAUAAUUGAAAAACAAUAAAACAUCCGUAGCAAUGCGUUUUACAACAAGUUCUCUAAUUGGUCAAACAUAUUUCCUACGCGCUUUUUGAUUGGCUUGCAAAAAUUAUAUUUUCACACGUAAAAUUAUCGUAUUUUUUACGUGUGUUUAAAUACGAUCUUUCUCAGUGGCCAAAAACUCUAUAUAUCGACAUUCGCCAGCGUAGAGUUCGUAAGGUACUUUAUUUGACUAUGGUUCGUAGUCAGCUGGCUUAUUGACCAUUGAACGUGUGCCGCGACGUGCCACCAAAGUUAUUUUGUCAUUGCCGGGUACCAAACCGAUAUAUCAUACCACGAAAGACUGACCACCAUCGGCAUCAUCCCUAUAUGUUACUGGCACGAGUAUUUAGAUCUAGUAUAUCUCUACAAGUGCAUCAUUUCCAACUCUGACAGUAAUAUUUAUAUCAAGAUUCCUACUCGAGAAACACGAAGUCUGUCUGUCGGUCCGUCCGUCCGUCCGUCCGUCCGUCCGUCCGUCCGUCCGUCCGUCCGUCCGUCGGUCUGUCCGUCUGUCUGUCUGUCUGUUUGUUUGUUUGUCGGUCUGCAAGCCUGUUAUUGUUCAUACUGUGUAUUUCGAAUGUCUUGGAACCCCGUUAUUGGAGAACUAAUCUCUGUGUGGUAUUUCCAGCCAUGUGAUCUAUUGUGUAUACUAAUUUUGUGUAAUAGUUUGUGUUAAAUGGCAAAAUCUGUCAAAUAAAAUAAAAUGUUUAUAUAAUAAAUAACAAUAUGGUUUAAAUUUCACGAUUUCCCAUCAUAUUUCUCUGAUUUUAAUAAAAAAUAAUAUUAAGAAAUUAUUAUUAAAUUUUGCGGUGUUUUAUCGAUAGGUUUGCUAACUCCCUAGUAUACUAUGGUGUGUCUUAUGGUUCUGUUGAUAUUGGUGGAAAUAGAUAUCUGAAUGUUUUUCUUGUCAGUGUCGUUGAAAUACCUGCCAAUUUUGCUUGUAUUUGGUCAGCAAACAGGUGAGUGCAAUGGUGAUCUAAAGGCGCUUUCAUUUGCAGUGUCAAUUUAGGGUUUAACUACCCUGGAUCAGGGGGUUUCCUGUUUUGCUGAAGCUGUAGCCUGCACUCAGACAGUGCUGGCCAAAUUGGAAACCCCUUGGGCGCGAUGUGUUGAUUGAUUGAUUUCGCCGAACCAAUCAGAUGCCUAGGGUCAGAUUUUGACCCUAGACAUCUGAUUGGUUUAUCGGGCCUUAUCGGCAAACAUCAAUAAACGUAUUCUAUUUAUACUGUUCAACAAGUGAGUGCAUUUCGUUAACAAAAAGCGAUUGUUCGUGGAAACGUUUAUGAGGAUAAUUUGUUGGUUGUCGUCUCAGAUGAAGUUCAUGUUAUUCCUAAACAGUUAGAUCAAAUAGCGUCAUUGCAGACAUAUUUAAAAUAUCACGCUAUGAUGAUGUCGAGUAUAAAUUGAGCGGAAUUUUGUCGUGUGUAUGUGGUCGUGUUGUGCUGUACAUCCUGUACUGUAUGCUGUAUUGUGUAUGUUCAAUUGUUUUUCAUGUAGUUUGUUGUUUUAAAAUUGUGUAGCCCGUAUUGUGGAAUUCAUGAAUAUUUAUGAACAAAAAUUCAGUCGUGGCAAGGCAUUUGGGCUAAAUAAUUAUAUUAUAUAUUUUAUAUGUACAUAUACACAAUGUAAAGUCCUAAACAGAUAUAGAACGUUCUGUAUCAUCAAACCUGAAAUUAAUAAUUCAGUAACUGUCAUUACUUUAUAUUUCACAUGCAAGUAUUAAAUAUGUACUCGAUUGCUGCUUGUAUUUUAAUUUGUAACUUGAAACUGCUUAGAAUAGACAGAUUUGCCGAUUGUCAAUUGGUCAUCAGUAUAAAUUUGGGGACACGUUGUGUCCAAAAUAGACAGCCGAUGCGCCAGUUCAUUGGAAAUCUUCCCAGAGAAAAUAUUACAUUUUCGUCUUCCGAAUACAACAAUUAAUGUAAAAUUGGCAAACACAACAAAAUUGGUCAGGGGAAUAUGUUUUUGUUGAAUACUUUUGAAUACGUACUGGACUACACCCUUCAGACCGGAAGUGUGAAACAUUAAUAAAUUACGUCAUGGAAAUGAAAUUCGACAGGUCGCGCCCAGAGGUUUUCUCCGCCUCGUCGCCUCCAGAAAACCUCUGAACCCAGGGUAGGGUUUAACCUAUUCUGACUGGAAAUCUGCAUCGUCAAAUUAGUACUUUUAUAUCCACACCAUUUCGUAUUUUUAUCAGAUCAAAACAACAUAUAAUAUUUUUAAAACUCUAUACAACUUUGCACAAUGUGCUCAUUGGGCCGGCGUCGGCUUGGAACAUCCAAGGUUUCCAUUCUUUGCCCUUCUUAACUGAAACGCUACGAAAUAGCAACAACUCAACGGAAAAAGAUGUCGUAGUGCUCGUCCUUUCUUCCAUUAAUGGGCUAAUACGUCGUCUCAAGUCAUUCCCUCUUUUCUCCUGAUUAAAUUCUAAUUUCAAAGGUCCUCUGUUCUCCUCUUCAGCUUGUAGAAGCUACAUCACCAACGUUUUUCUCUGGAUCGUUGCCAGUCAAUUGACCAUGCCUUUCAUGUAGUAGUGUACAAUGAUGACCGUCAUAUCCACAUCAUGUACUUGUACCGUUUUAGGUACCUACAGUAGUUUGCAAAACCAUCCCUUUAGCUUUAUAUCUCAUUCAAGGAUCGAUCAUUUCUAUUUCUUAAACAGGGAACGUAAACAUUAAUUAAGUUAAACCUAUUCCAAAUGCAUUUUUAAACUAUUCAAAUGAUGAAAGUUAUUGUUGUUGUUUAAGCGUUUAUUAGCGAGUGGGAAACUUUAACAUGGCCACCAUCUAUUCAAAUGGGGGUAACCGCUGGAAUAUUCUUGGCUUCAAUUUUACUAAAAGAGAUGUGUUAUCUAGUGUAUAUAAAAUAUCUAUUACCUGGAUACUAAAGUGGAGUAGAAUAAGGACACAACCGCUGUUCAUACGAAGCCGCAAAGCGCUCCGUUUCCACCUCUCCCCGUGUAGAAGACGUGCUCAAAUUGCUACGGCCCAAAUUACGUUUUCAAACAAUUUCGCUCCAGGGUUGUGUGAACGCGAUCGUGAAUUUUUACGUUUCUGGGCCGUUUUCAAACCGCUACUGUGCAGUGUGAAUUAAAUUUUUCUAAGAUUAAACUGCCAGUGAACGAUUACCUCGCUCCACGUGAAAUGUACCACAUAACUGUGCUCCAGACCAUUUUGUUGUGGCAGCAAACUUUUCCCGUUGUCACUAACGAUUAUGUUCAAAUUUCCGUUUAGCUCUUGUGCUGUGAUAUCUGGAAGGAGGAUGAGGUGCACAGCUCGAGAUGAAGCGGACGUAAACAAUACCACAGACGUUGUUUGUGCUUUCAUCUUAAUCUUCUGUGAAAUAGAGCGUUUGCACAUGACGUCACAGCCGCGAUGUUGGUGUUCAAAAUCAAAAUAAUUUUAAUUACACUCUUUUGUCUGGAACACCAACAUGGCCGCCAUGCUUCUUGUUGAGUUGGUCCCUGGGGAAUGAGUGCAAACGCUCUAUAGGUCCGGUAACUCCAAUCCUACUGUUGGCUAAAUUCCGGUUAGAUACUUGCCUUAGACCCCGUUUACAUCGGACCGGACGAAUUUGGGACCGGUCUGUAAUUCGUCCGUUUCGGCUGUGUAAACACACGAGAACUACGGAACCGGACGAAUUUGAGACCCCCUAACAGGCCAAUUCGCGUGUAAACAGGCGAAAAAGGACGAAUUUCAGACCGGUCCCAAGAAGAAAUCAUUAUCUGAUAGAAAGCGUUAUCCGACCUUCCACGCUUUCAGCACGUUUUCUCCCAAUAGCGCAGGCUCGCUUUUUCCAGCGGACGUACGGUGAAAAAUUGAACGUUGCAUUUUGCAUAGAUCCUUAUAUAUGUUAACCGUUAACAGUCACAAUUUGCAACAGCCGAUCACAAUUAUUUAUAUCUUAGAUUUGGUCGUAAGAAGUCUGUCAUUAUUGCUAUGAUUAUUGCGUUCUUUGCAUCUGUCAUCUCAGUGGCAAUUCCGACAAACAAAAGUUUGGGUAAGUGUUUGCACCGGUAGAAACUAUAUCUAUUCUUACGAAAAAAUCUGAGGAUAUUCAUUUAAGAUUUUUUUUUAAAUGCACGCAUGAAAUUAGGCAUGCAUGAAUUGGAAUAUUCCACACGCGAAAAGACAUUUCCUCAUGUGAAAUCCUACUUUGUAAGGCACAUUUAAACAGGCCAGUCUUUCGGAAAAGGCAAUAUUAAUUUAAUUUAACUGAAUGCGAUUGUUCAGUACGUGUUAAACACAAUUAUGACGAUAUUAGAACAAGCUUCAUGCAAAGUGUCACUUGCGACAUGAAAGCAUUGAGGGGGUAUAGUGAGUUUGCGCAGGGUGUGCGCGAGGAUUCCGGCAUUAAACUACGCCGCCACUCGUUCUGUUAAUAUAUCGCCCUUAAUAUAUGUUAAUAUAUACCCCUAAACACAACGCAUUUUUUAUCACCCAUAUACUUGAACAAAUUGGCUAGUAAAAUACUUUUUUAUCGCUAAAUUUCACUGCUGAGGAAUACAAUGUUGUCGUGCGUGAACAGAACGCGGGAGCAAGCUUGUGGUGAAUCUAGUCUCCACACAACUCAAAAUAAACCGGACCGGAUUACUUAGUUAGGAUUUCUUUUGCAGCUAGUGUUAGUGGACAGGUUACAGCAGCUAUCAUUGCAAAAUUUUUCAUUACUAUCGCCUUCUCUGCUGUCUAUGUGUGGUGCAUUGAGAUGUUUCCAACUGCAAUAAGGUAAAUAGUUAUGGAUCUAAAUUAUGUUCUAUACUGCCCGAGCUAACUAGAAUGAGUGAGGGUAUCUAGCCUGCGUCACUGGAGACACGUCUGAGUGCAAAAGUCGCCCAUUUGCCACAGACUAUGUCGUAGUGUCGGUGCCGGAACUGUCCUGGUCUCAUUUUAUUCUGACUAAUUAUUUCUAGACAUUUUUCUUUUUUUAUACUACAGAUCAACUUCUCUUGCUACAUCAUCGGCAAUGGCACGAAUUGGAUCCUUUUCUGCUAGUUAUAUCAUUUGGCUU